AUGACCGUGAUUACUGUCAUGUCUCAAAGUUUAUCUGUAGAAGAGAUUCAUGAUAUUAUCGCUUCCAGAAAUAUACCCAAUGCCGUGCAAGUUUUAUCAAAGAAGGUUUCAAAAUUGGAACAAAAGUUAUCACAAAAUGACAAAGAAAAAGGCAACCUUAUUGCUAAAUUAGAUGAUGAUACUGGAAAUGAUCAUGAUAAUUCAUUGUGCAAUAUAAACACCAUCUCCCAGAGAAAUGAUCAUAAUAUUAUUGAAAGUAGUGUAGAUAUUGCUUUCCAAAUAAGCAAUCAGCAAAAAACUAUUCUGAAUACUCCUUUAUUGGCAGAAGAUCUUGACGAUUCAGAUGAAAUUGAGCUUACUAAAAAUUAG